ACAGGAUGUUAGACUUGGAGAAUGUUCUGUGGUCUGGGCUGGCUCAGCCUAUGCAGAGCAAAAAAGAAGAUCAGAAUCAAAUGAUGCCCCAAAUGUGGACUCGGGCUUUUUCAGACUCUGCCUGGCUGAAUAAUUGAUCCCACGGCUGGUGACUUACAAAAAAAUGAAGAGGGCAGCACUGAUGGUUUGGAUCAGCCUUUUAGUGCAAGUGUCCCACUGUGCUCAGGGUCACUAUGCCCGCAAACUUCUGAAAGACUUGAUGGAGGACUAUUCCAGCGACCUGAGACCUGUGGAGGACACGGACGAAGCUCUCAAUGUCUCCCUGCAGAUCACACUGUCACAGAUCAAAGAUAUGGAUGAGAGGAACCAGGUCUUGACCACCUACCUGUGGAUCAGACAGGUCUGGCAUGACGCAUACCUGAAGUGGGACAAGGAAGACUACGACGACUUAGAGAUGAUAAACAUCCCCAGUGACCGGGUGUGGAAGCCAGACAUUGUCCUUUACAACAAAGCAGAUGAGGAGUCCUCAGGCCCGUCUACCACUAACGUGAAGCUGCGGUAUAAUGGGGAGAUCGUCUGGGACUCUCCAGCCAUCACUAAGAGCUCAUGUGUGGUGGACGUGUCCUACUUUCCCUUUGACUGGCAAUCGUGCAAUCUCACCUUUGGAUCCUGGACCUACAAUGGAAAUCAGGUGGACAUCAGUUUGGGCAUGGACAGUGGUGACCUGUCUGACUUUGUGGAGAAUGUGGAGUGGGAGUGUCACGGCAUGCCAGCAGUUAGAAAUGUCAUGAUGUACGGCUGCUGCUCGGAUCCUUACACAGAAAUCACCUACACGCUGCUGCUGAAGCGCAGAUCCUCUUUCUACAUCUUCAACCUCCUCCUGCCCUGCUUCCUCAUCUCCUUCCUCGCUCCGUUGGGCUUCUACCUGCCGGCCGAUUCUGGAGAGAAGGUGUCCUUGGGGGUGACGGUGCUGCUGGCGCUCACCGUCUUCCAGCUGUUGGUGGCUGAGAGCAUGCCUCCUGCAGAAAGCAUGCCUUACAUAGGGAAGUACUACAUCGCCACCAUGACUAUGAUCACAGCAUCCACAUCCCUUACCAUCUUCAUCAUGAACAUUCAUUUCUGUGGAGCCGAGGCCAAACCAGUCCCUCACUGGGCAAAGGUUCUGAUAAUCGACUACAUGUCAAAGAUUUUCUUUGUUUACGAAGUGGGGGAGAACUGCACCACACCGGAGAGUAAGAGGACCCCCUUGUACCCAGAAGAACCCAUGGGUGUUGAGAGUGUCUACUAUGAUGACUGUUGCCAUGACAGCUUCCUCCAUCACGACAGCAAUCCUCACAAGUACAGCCUGCAGCAUCACCAACAUCACAAAGGGCAGGCAAACGGCAGCAUUAAUGGCUGCCAUCACCAUCGCAGCAACCAGAACAAGAACACAGCCAGGCUGGGGAGAGGCGAGAGCAAUCAAGACUGCACGCAGCACUACCACCGCAUCCCAAGAGGAGAGAUGGACUACCAGGCCUCUCCAAAGCCCAGAAACCACCUGAAUGGGGGGAUUAAAGAGCGGAUUCUGUACCCCCCAGAGAAGCACCAUGAUCAGUCCUGCCCCUGCUGCUGCCCCUGCCUUCAGUACAAACAGCUGGUGAAGAACAUCCAGUACAUUGCCAACUGCUUCCGGGAGCAGAGAGCGACAUGUAUCAAGGUAGCAGAAUGGAAGAAGGUUGCCAAGGUGAUGGACAGGUUCUUCAUGUGGAUAUUUUUCUUCAUGGUCUUCCUCAUGAGCAUCCUCAUCAUCGCCAAGGCAUCCUGACAACUCUGUCAUCUUUACGCUGACACCAGUCUCACAGCUUCCCCUGACCUUCACUUUUACAACAUCAAGUUUGGUCUGCAAUUAAACUGUUUUCAGAUCUG